GGACAAACUCCUCGCCUUUCUCCAAAUGCUAGACGAAUAUAACUUACCGACGAUCUUCAACCCAGCCACUUGUACAACCAAAGGUCUGUGUCCAGUGACAACCAUUCGAGAACAGGGCGAGAAUCCGUUGCAAAGUCAUUCUUUGUACUAUGAAAUUCACGGGUCCGGUCCUGAAAAGAUUGCUCUCAUCAUGGGGUUGAACAGUUCUUCGUUUUCUUGGUUUCUUCAAGUCGAACACUUUUCGAAGUUACCGGGCUAUACAGUUCUCGCAUUCGACAACAGAGGUGUGGGUAACAGCGGUACACCGAAAGGACCUUACACAACUAGCGGUAUGGCCGAGGAUGUCAUCUGUCUACUCGACUCCGUUGGUUGGACCGGAGAACGCAGUGUACAUGUCAUUGGUGUGUCGUUGGGUGGUAUGAUUUCUCAGGAACUUGCGACACGGAUACCUGAACGGAUUGCUUCUCUAACCCUUGCUGUCACCACACGAGGUGGCCGUCCAUGGUCAAAUUUGCCUCCGUGGAAAGGCUUCUUCUUAUUAACGAAGCUGACAUUUACGAACGACAUAGAGGCGAAAUUACCACUUCUUUUUGACAUGCUCUAUCCGAGCUCGUGGUUAGAUGAGAUAGCGGAAGACGAUCCAGAGAGACGUACAAAUCGUGAAUUCCAAGCAAUGCAUUAUCGGAAACGAAUUGAGCUGACUCGGCCUCAAACCAUAAUCGGAACAUUCUCGCAAAUGUCUGCGGGAAUGACUCACUAUGUCUCCGAUGACCGACUAAGGAAGAUUUCUUCGUCAAUUCCCAAGGUUCUGAUUAUUACGGGCGACGAGGACAACCUGGUAGAGCCACGCAACAGUAUCUACCUCAAGAGCCAAAUGCCGGAGGCAGAGUUUAUUCAGUGGGAGACGACCGGCCACGCCAUACAUUAUCAGCAUCCUAGGCGGUUCAACGAGACGUUGGAAAGGGUUUUCAUAGAGGGGAGGGCGAAGGUAGGUGUGCCUUGAGUAGACACAAUUGAAUGGAACCUCCGAAUAUCUGUUUUGAUGAGUGAGCGGUAGAAUAUGAUGAUCCUUAUCUCUCAACACAAACAGGCUGUCAGCCG